GAGCACGGAGGAGCCAGCCAGCCACUCGCCAUUGUUGUUCCUCCUCCCAUCUGCCGCCUCCUCCGUCCACCCUGUCCACAGCUUAUCCAGGAAGGCACAGCCAAGAACCCCAGCGUCACUCACCAGCAACGCAAGCUUGCGAGGCGAUUAAAGGGGCAGACGACCUGCUCUUCCGAGAGACUGCUCUCGCUCACUCGCGCGGCAGCUCCUCCCAAGGCUCGCGCACAAUGUUUAGCGGUUGCGGUCUCUUUGGCCGCGCACGCCGGGGCCGCGGCGGCGACCUCCGGAAGCGCGGGGAGAUGGGUGGGGCGAGCUCGCGAGUGGCGCCGGCCGAGCCGGUGGGCGCGGAGGAGGCGGAGGAGCAGGGCGGCGGCGCGGCGCGGCAGCUGGCGUGGGCCGAGGUGGAGGCCGCCACGAGCGGGUUCUCGUCCCGGGUGGUCGGCCGCGGCGGGUUCAGCACGGUGUACCUCGCCUCGCUCCCGGCCUCGCGCCUCGGCGCCGUCAAGGUCCACUGCAGCAGCGAGCGCCUGCACCGCGCCUUCCGCCGGGAGCUCGGCGUGCUCCUCUCGCUCCGCCACCAGCACAUCGUCCGCCUCCUCGGGUACUGCGACGAGCGGGACGAGGGCGUGCUGGUGUUCGAGUACGCGCCCAACGGCGACCUCCACGAGAGGCUCCACGGCGGCGGGGCUCUGCCCUGGGCGCGCCGCGUCGCCGUCGCGUCGCAGGUGGCCGCGGCGCUGGAGUACCUCCACGAGGGCCGCGACCCAGCGGUCAUCCACGGGGACAUCAAGGCCUCCAACGUGCUCCUCGACGCCAACCUGGACGCCAAGCUCUGCGACUUCGGCUUCGCGCACGCCGGCGUCUCCGCCACGGCGGGCGGCGGCCGCCCCUCGGCGCGCACCGUCAUGGGCUCCCCGGGCUACCUCGACCCCCACCUCCUCCGCUCCGGCGUGGCCACCAAGAAGAGCGACGUGUACAGCUUCGGCGUGCUGCUCCUCGAGCUCCUGACGGGGAAGGAGGCCGUCUGCCGCGAGACCGGACACCGGCUCACCGCCGCGGUGGGCCCCAUGCUCAGAGACGGUGAAGUGUCGGACGUGCUGGACCAGAGGCUCGGGGCCGAGUACGACGCCGCGGAGGCCACCGCCGUGGCGGAGCUCGCCAUGCAGUGCGUGAGCGACGACCCGGCGCUCCGGCCGUCCAUGGCCGACGUGGUGCGCGUGCUCCAGGAGAAGACCUCUGCCGUUGGAUCGAAAUCGGACCGCAAGAUGAUGUCCUAAGUUGGAUUCAUGUCGUAGGAUGUAAAUACUCCUUGUGGGUGCUAGAAUUCUUCUUAGGAUAGUUAUUAGGAGAAGAAUUUGCCUAGUGAGGUGAGGUAGAAAAUUUUAAAAUUCAAGCUUGUAGAUCACUAGAUCUGAUAGAAAAUUUUGUCAUGCCAUGGCGUGUUUGUUGAACCGGCGACAUCGUGGUACUUGUUCAUUCAUCAAUUUGCCUUGUUGUCUUGUUGAUAUCCCGCAGUAGGUGGGUGCAAGCAAUAGGUAAUUUCUUAUUGUCCUCGAACCACUUUGAAUGAGUAGUUUUGUAGAUGACCUGAGACA